AUGUCAAUUGUCAACUGCAGAGUACAAUACAGUAGUACGAUUCAAGAGAAUGAAGCAGCUAUUUGUAGUUCAGGUAACUUUAUAUGUUCAACGGGAACACCUCGUCAUAUCGCUAAAAUUAUUCUUGUUUCAUAUGACACAACAAUUGGUGGUAUGGUAUGUGAUCCCUUGUUGACUGCACUUGAUUUCCAAGAGAUGGAGGAAAUUCAAAUCGUAGUUGCCGAAAAUCCUAAAUCGAUCAAUGUCAAUAUUCUAACUUAA